AAGAGGAAAAGGGAGACAGAAAAUGAACCGGAGGCCAAAACCCUCAGACAAGAAAACCUCCGGCUCAUUACCCCCACUCCUCCACAACCACUCUACAACCCACCCAACAAUCUACCAGAAGCUUAACAAAAUCAUCUUUCUCUCUCACAAGAAGACUCUGCAAUUUAAGAAAGUUUCUUUAACUACUGUAACGGUGUUAGGACUGCUAAUUCAGAACUUUUAUUGACGAGAUUUUGGGUUCAGCGCUACUCAUUGAAAAGGUCCAGAAAGAGAAAUCUUGAUCCUAAACCGGUAAUGAAGGACGACAAGGAAUCAUUCUUUGUUGUUCGGAAAGGAGAUCUUGUUGGUGUUUACAAGAAUUUAAGCGAUUGUCAGGCUCAAGUUGGAUCCUCGAUAUGUGAUCCUCCUGUCAGUGUAUACAAAGGUUGUUCCAUGCCCAAGGACACAGAGAAAUAUCUUCUCUCGUGUGGGAUUAGGAAUGCACUUUACUCCAUCAGAGCUUCCGAUCUUACUGGAGAUAUUUUUGGCACUCUUGUACCAUGCCCCUUUCCGCAACAUCCUUCUGCUAGAGGUGAGCCAUCUGGUGAGACUAUGACAAAGAAAUGGUCACAGGAAGUUGCGUGGUCAGAUUAUGGGCAGCGGACUUGUACUCUUGAGUUUGAUGGUGCUUCAAAAGGAAAUCCUGGUCAAGCUGGUGCAGGAGCUGUAAUACGAUCAAAUGAUGGAUGUAUGAUUUGUAGGUUACGUGAGGGGUUAGGCAUAGCAACCAAUAAUGCUGCUGAAUACCGAGGCAUCAUAUUAGGGUUAAAAUAUGCACUUGGAAAAGGAUUUACAGGCAUUCAAGUUCGCGGUGAUUCCAACCUUGUUUGCAUGCAGAUUCAGGGUUUAUGGAAGGUAAAAAAUCAAAACAUCUCCGGCUUGUACGAAGAGGCGAAGAAAUUGAAGGAUAGGUUUGUCUCAUUCGAGAUUAAUCAUGUCCUAAGGGAUUUAAACUCGGAGGCCGAUGCUCAGGCUAACUUGGCUGUUGACCUUGCCGAGGGUCAAAUUCAGGAGGAGAUUGAUAAAUAGCCCCAAGAGAAGGCCAAUGAAAAUAAAUAUGUAGCAGUAGUCAUGGACCUCCAGUCAUGGAGAUUUUACUUUGUUAAAACACAAUUUUUUGUGAAACAUGGCUCUCAGGGCAUUACCUCUAACUUGUACUAUGGAAGUUUCCAUCAUUGUUGUUUAGUUUCUAGGUCGAGUCUUACUUUGUGUUACUGUUACGACUGAGUUUGAUUCGUGAAUCAUGAAUCCUAAGCUUAUUCUACAAUCUCUUUAACACUAGAAUAUAAACUAUUUCCCGCAAAGUUUGGGGUUUACCUUUAA